AUGGCGCUGGGUCUGUACGACGCAGUGCGCGGUACGGAGUACGGAAGGGACGCUGAGAACCGGAAAAUGGGAGACUUUGGGACUCAGACCAGCUUCUACAGCAGGCUGGUCAUCGUCUUCGUGGCAAUUGGGUCUCUGACCUACGGUUACUGCGCGUCGAUUAUCAGCAGCACCAUCGGCCAGCCGGGCUGGUAUUCGUACUUCCAUCUUCCUCAGGAGGGCGAACCCGGAUAUGCGUCAAUCACCACACCGGCCAUUGCAACUGCCAAUGGCGUCUUCAGCGCUGGUGGCGCCGUGGGCUCGCUGUUGAUCAUGUGGUCCUGCGACUACUUUGGGCGCAAGGUCAACAUCCAGCUGGGCGCGUUUUUCAGUGUUCUAGGGGGAGCGCUCCAGGGAGGUGCAGAGAAUCUGAAGAUGUUCCAUGCUGGGCGGUUCAUUUGCGGGCUGGGCAUUGGAAUCCUCGUCACUGUCUGUCCGAUGUAUCUGUCCGAGUUAUCGAGUCCCUACCGACGCGGCUGGCUGGUCGGGCAUCAUGCCAUCUUCCUCGUCUUUGGCUACAUGCUGUCCAGCUGGGUGGGCUUUGGAUGCUACUUCGCGGAGACCACAAUGCCUUCAUUUGGCUGGCGAUUCCCCCUUGCGCUGCAGUGCUUUCCGCCUCUCGUCCUGCUGCUGGGAUCUCCGUGGCUGCCGCGCUCCCCUCGGUGGCUGAUCUCCAAAGGCAAGAUGGACGAGGCGCAGAAGGUGUUGAAGCGGCUGCGCAAGUCCCCCGACGAUCCCAACGACCUGGUGGCCAAAGAGGAGUUCUACCAGACCAAGGAGCAGCUUCGACUGGAGGCGCAGAAGCUGGCUGCAACCGGCCACAGCGUUUGGACGGCCGUGUGGAAGAUCAAGUCGUACAGAAAGCGAAUGAUCAUUGGCUUUUUGACGCAGUGGGGAGCCGAGUUUGGUGGGCCACUGAUUAUUAACAACUACGCCGUGCUCCUGUACACCAACCUCGGGAUGACGGGCAGCAUGCCGCUGCUUUUGAGUGCGCUCUGGCUUACUACGGCUGGUCUCAUCUACAAUCCGCUUGGGUCCUGGCUGCACGACAAGGUGAAUUCUCGCCGAGGCAUGUUCAUGACUGAUUUUGUUGGGAUCAUCGUGACGACCUCCUGUCUUGCCGCGAUGACAGCCGAGUAUGCCGGCACGAAGAAUCGGGCAGGUAACGCGAUGGGCAUUUUCUUCAUCUUCCUCUACCUGGCUUUCCAGGGCACCUGCUGCGACACGACCAUGUAUCUCUACGUGUCAGAGAUUUUCCCCACGGAGAUCCGGCCGAUUGGGAUGGGAUUCUCUCUAUUUGGGCAGUUUGCAGCAACUAUCAUCCUCCUGCAGACAGCGCCCAUUGGCUUCAACAACGUAGGCUGGAAGUACUACCUAGUCAUCAUCUGCUGGUCUGUCGUUUUUCUGCCAGUGAUCUACUUCUUCUUCCCCGAAACCGCCCGCCUGAGCCUGGAGGAAAUCGCAAAGAAGUUUGGUGAAGACGUCGCCGUCCACGUCACUGACGCGACUGAGGAGGAAAGACGGGAGCUGGAGAAGCAGCUAGCCGAGUCGUCCGACGGGCCGAGUGAGGAGGCUGUUUAA